AUGACGGAUCCGGAUGCAGUCCCGGACACCUUCACCAUCAAGUUGUUGCCUGGCGACGGGAGGCAUGGGCUGCAGGUUGAUGCUACGAAUCCCGUGUGCACCGUCAUAAAGGACAUCCUGCCGAAGGGGGCCAUCGACAAUUGGAACCAGAACAAGCCAGACCACAAAGUCAAGAAGCUUGAUCGCAUCGUGGAAGUGAAUGGCAUCAAGGGCCCGGCGAUUGACAUUGCCAAGGCGCUGAGAAUACGACAUUGGAGCCUCAACAACGUAACUCCAUGCCAGAGCCAUUCAGUAAACUCCAUCUGA